UACAACCCCGCCUAUGACAGCACCGUGUCGACGACGACUGUCGGUCCAGCGGCAAGGUUGAUGGAGACAUUCGACAAUACUAAAGAUGACGACGCAGCAGCAACUGAAAGACAACUUUUUGACUUGCAGCAUCUGCAUGGACGUCUUCGACGGCCCCUGUACCCUUGUAUGUUAUCACACCUUCUGUCGGAAGUGUGUCGUCAGGUACACUCAAACCAGACCAGAAGCCAUCAGUGCCAAGUCUCUCAUCUGUCCAUUCUGCCGUAAGAUGACAAAAGUAACCUCCUCACACAAACCAGUUGAAGAUUGGGCACAGGAGGUGAAACCCAGCUUUUUAAUACAGGGUCUCCUGGAUUCGUUCAAUCCAAAGACGAAAGAUUCUCCGAAGUGCAUCCUCUGCGGUGAUGCAGGAGAGGCUCCCCAAGCUACUGCUUGGUGUACUGACUGUGAGAGCAGUCUCUGUGAAGGAUGCCUUAAGGCACACAGACGUAUUCCAGCCACGCGUCACCAUGACGUAACUAACCUGUCCACAGAGGUCAAACUCAGACACAAAGCUUUCUGUAAGGAACACCCGGAUCAAAGCAUGCAGUUUUACUGCACGGACUGUAAGAAACUACAGUGUCAAUCCUGUUGCAUCUUGUACCACAGAAAGUGUGUGACUGUUGUUCCCUUUCAGUCUGUUAUGCCAAAAAUGAUCACCUGUGUUACAGGAGUAAAGGAAAGACUAGCAUGUGAUUUAGAAGCAAAAGACAGACUGCUGUCGGAUUUAGAAACCAAGUAUAGUGAGGUAUUGGAACACAAACCCACCGUUCAGAGUCAGAUCCAGUCGGCAAUCCAGACUGUGAUAGAAGCCGUUAAGAAGAAGGAACGACAACUCCUGGCUCAACUGGAUGAGGCUACUGAGAAACAGAUGGAGAGACUGAAAGCUGAGAUAAAGUCUGAAGAGAUGGCCAAGCAGAUGAUAUGUCAUCAUUCUGUGAUGAUAGACAGAGCUCUGGAGUCUGGAAAUGAAAUGGACACCUUUGAGAUGUACCUGUGGUGCGAGUCAGAGGAGUGUCCCACUGAAUACGACCCGGAUUCAGAUAUAAAACAUGGACUGAGAGACAAAGUAUGUUUUAUCCACGACUGUAAAGAGAUCAGUAACAACAUAGACGAGGUAAGCCUAGGUGAAAUUGACACCAUAUAUGAAGAUGUGUUUGAUUCCGAGUCUACACCAGUGCUACAUGACACAGUGGACAUACACACAGAAGAUGAGACAGGUAUACCCCAUGUUUAUGACGUGGUAGUUUUCAAUGAAGGCGAUGGAGACGUCAUAGUCGUCACUGAUAACAACAGCAGGUGCCUCAAAUCCUUCUACAGAAGCGAUAACCAGCCGUGUCAAAGCAGGCUGUCUGUUCCGAGCUCCCCUCGACGGAUUGCUAAACUAACUGCCCAUCAAAUAGCCGUGACCACUCCCGAGACGACGGAAAUAAUAGUUGUUGAAGUGAAACCUCAUCUGGUUCUCCAGUCCUACAUUUCUACAAGGAAGAAAUACUUUGGUCUUGCAGCUCUGACACCGACAUCCCUGGUAGCAGGAUCCGUAUCUCCUCCCCGUGUGGACAUCCUCGAUAUGACAGGGAAUGUGUUGAAGUCCCUAAAUCCUGUAACAUGUGCAGGUGGACUUGUAUCAGAUCCUCUAUUCCUCUCUACCAGCGGUCAAGGUCACAUCUUGGUGUCUUGUAGUCACGCCCACAGUGGCCACGUGCUAUGUAUGACACAAAAUGGGGACGUUUUGUUCAACUAUACAUCCACAGGACAGCCCCGGGCAAUGAAUCCAUGUGGUAUCACUGAAGCAAACACAGGUGACAUUCUACUUGUUGACGACACAUCAAACAAAGUGGUUCAGCUGAGUAUUUCCGGAACAUGGCUAAGAGAUGUACUGACAUCAAAGGAUGGAAUCACCUUCCCAUAUGGCCUGUACUUUGAUAAACGGAGGCGUCUGUACGUCACCAACCGCCAUUCUGUCAAAGUCUACAAAUUCAUAAAACGCACCAAGCCAAGAUGUAAAUAGGAAUGACCUCAGUGAAAAAAAAAAUAAACGAGUGAGCAUACAAACGUGUUGUGGGCAUGAUACUGAGAAAAACAACUUCGAUAAAUCCGAUAUAGGCUAGUUUUCAACUUCUUCUGUUGUCCCAAAGGGCCGCUGACUGUGUUGGAUCCUGAGGGAACCUGAGGGAUACUUUUGGAAGACAAUAUACGGUUCUUUCCUUGCC